CUACUGUGACUAAGCGACGGACACUGAAACUGUGAUCACGAUGUUGUGCAGGGGAGACUUAUCUUCGUACAAGCAGGAUAGUAUCUGGUCGUGGUUUAUUUGUUUCUGCACGACGAUAUGCAUGGUGCUUUCGGUUGGAUUUACGUUCGCUCUUGGUGUUCUCUUUCCAGUUUUAAUGAAUUAUUUUGACGAAAACCGAGAGAAAACAGCAUGGGUCUCAUCUAUCAUAAUAGGCGUAUUUUGUUUCCUUGGUCCUAUUUCGAGUUCAAUCCUGAACAGAUUUGGUAUGCGGGUCACUACGAUUUUGGGUUGUUUGUCGUGUGCAGUUGGCCUUGCACUGGGUUCAUUUACUCCAAACAUCAUUAUCCUCUACGUUGCCUUUAGCUUGCCUUUUGCUAUUGGGGUAUCGGCCAUCUACGUGGUUUCACCAAUCAUUGUAUUUCAAUACUUCAUCCAGAGACGAUCGUUUGCUCUUGGAAUCGUCACUGCUGGGCAAGGAUUGGGAACAAUGAUUCUUGGACCAGCUCUUCAAGCUUUAGUUGAUAUCUUUGGUUGGAAGAACUCUUUCCGCUUAUUUGCCGGUAUUUUAGCUUUUGCAUCACUUACUGGAGUCAUCCUUCACAGAAAAAGUACUCGUUUAGAGACUGAUGAACGACAAGAAGCCCGUAGAAAGAAACCUCCGCGAAACCUUUCGUUGUUAAGGGAUCCUAUCAUCUUCAUGAUAGUGCUGAGAAAUGGACUUACCACAUUUGCUCGUCUGGUGCCGUACGUACACAUAGUAGGGUUCAUGGCAGAUAAGUUUGGCAACUACUUUGCUGCGUUCCUUAUGGCUGGUGGAGUGGCGAUUGUAGCCAGUCUCGUCCCAUUUCUUCUUGUUUGUGUUAAACAAGAUCAAAAGGAGAACUUUGAUGAUGAUGUUGAAGAGACAGUACACCCAGGUCAGAUAGAGGAUGCGGACAACACCGAACUGAAGUCCAGAGGUUUCUCUCAUGACUCCGCGAUAUCUGUAAUUGGUAGAGAUCGUCUAAGAAGGUCUUCCUCAUUCGCUUUAGCCUUGGAUAGUCCUAUCUUUUAG